AUGUUCGCUCGCACUGCUCUCCGGGCUGCGCAGCCCCUCAAGAUGCAAGCCCGCCGCUACGCGACCGAGCCCGCGGCCAAGUCCUCCUCCUCCAGCGCGGCGCUGAUCGCCGGCGGAGCUGCUGCCGCCGCCGGCGGGGCGUACUACUUCUUCUCGGGCUCCCCCGCCGUCCAGAAGGCCGAGGCCGCCGUCGGCGUCGCGCCCAAGAAGGCCCUCACGGGAGGCGACCAGGGCUUCGUCUCGCUCAAGCUCGAGGCCAUCGAGAACGUCAACCACAACACCAAGAAGUUCCGCUUCGCGCUGCCCGAGGGCGACAUGGUCUCCGGCCUGGACGUCGCGAGCGCCGUCCUGACCAAGUACAAGGGCCCCGAGGACGAGAAGGCCACCCUGAGGCCUUACACUCCCAUUUCUGAUGAGGACGCCAAGGGCUACGUCGACCUCCUCGUCAAGAAGUACCCCAACGGCCCCAUGUCCACGCACAUGCACGACAUGGCGCCCGGCCAGCGCCUCGACUUCAAGGGCCCGCUGCCCAAGUACCCCUGGACGCCCAACAAGCACGAGCACAUCGCCCUCGUCGCGGGCGGCACCGGCAUCACGCCCAUGUACCAGCUCGCGCGCGCCAUCUUCAGCAACCCGGACGACAAGACCAAGGUCACGCUCGUCUUCGGUAACGUCACCGAGGAGGACAUCCUGCUCAAGAAGGAGUUCGCCGAGCUCGAGAACACGUACCCCCAGCGCUUCCGCGCCUUCUACGUCCUCGACAAGCCCCCCAAGGAGUGGGUCGGCGGCAAGGGCUUCAUCACCAAGGAGCUGCUCAAGCAGGUCCUCCCCGAGCCCAAGAGCGAGAACAUCAAGGUCUUUGUCUGCGGCCCUCCCGGCCUGAUGAACGCUGUCUCUGGUAACAAGAAGAGCCCCAAGGACCAGGGCGAGCUUGUCGGUGUCCUGAAGGAGCUGGGAUACUCUCCCGACCAGGUUUACAAGUUCUAA